AUGACUAUCACCACGAAGCAGCUUAUCAUCGCUGCUCCAACAGAUCCGAUUGCUGUGGAUGAAGGCCUAUUAUCCGGGGCACUAGUUUGUUUCCGUAAAGAGGACGCAAGAGGAGGCGAUGAAAAUGAAGUAAUAUCCAUCAAAGAAGAAGAAGAAUAUGAUGAUGAUAGGAGUGGUAGUGAUGCUUGUGAUGACCACGAGGAGGAGGAGGAGGAGGAGGAGGAGGUUAACGAUGUUGAAAUGUGGUUCAUUGAAGAAGAAGAAGCAGAUGAUGAUGAUGGGAGUUGUGGUUCUAAUGACGACAAAGGUUGUGGUGUGGAGGAAGGGGAGAAGGAGGAUAUUUGUGCUGAAGAUGAUGAAGACUGGGUCAUUUCUGAAGAUGAUGAUGAUGAUGAUGAUGAUGGGAGUUGUGGUUGUAAUGACGACGAGGGGGGCGUCGAAAUCGACGACAACGAGGAGGAAGAGGAGGAGGUUAACGAUGUUGAAAUGUGGUUCAUUGAAGAAGAAGAAGCAGAUGAUGAUGAUGGGAGUUGUGGUUCUAAUGACGACAAGUAG